GCUUGCACUCUGCCGACGAACGACAUGAUGGCCGUCUUGUUGCCCACCACUGUCAUGAUCUGAAAUAUGGCUGCCUGUCUGCACCUGGCCCACAAGCUCCAUUGACCUAUAAUCUGGCCUUGCCAGCCUUGCCCCAUCAUGUCUGUCGAGAUCUGGCCUCCAGCAGCGUCGCCAGAGCAGCUUAAAGCGGACCAGGAUGCCGCAGAGGCUCGCGAGCUCGAAUGGCUCCUCUCGUCUCUCCGCUCUACUCUGAAGUCGCUCAAGAACGAGCUGGAGAACUGCUAUGCGCUCUUAGCCCCAGUAGAGCCCGGCUCGACCCUUGUCCUGACCACGCCACGGCAUGAGGCAGUCAAGGGUACCAUCACCAGAGUCGGUACCCGCAUCACCCGGGCCGCCAUAAACCUGCGCCUCAAGACCCUCCCGCCUCAGAUCCUCACCCUGUCCAACUCUGCCAACGCCUCCGGCGCUGGCGCCGGCAAGGCCGAUGACCUAGACGGCGGCAUCUACCUCCAGCCCCUGGUCGACCUCAACACCCUGCUCUCAGAGUCCGUCGACCUCCUCACGCUCUGCGUCAGCGAGUCCGCGCCGACCACAGCACCCACUACCACCUCCCCUUCCUCCGCUAGCGCAGCAGGCCCGACUUCAAAGCGGGCAAAGGUGGUGCCCUCGGCAUCAGCGGCCGACUUCCUGUCCAGCCAGCUGCGCCAGCUGGCGCAGAACCUCGCCGAGGCCACGGCCAUCCUCAAGGGCGCUCCGGACCCGGACCAGCGCUGGACCUCGCAGUCCGUGUCCCUGUCGCACUUUGCCGCGCCGCGCUCCCAGAGCAUCAGCUUCUACCUCACCGUCCAGGACGCCAGCAUCAUCCUGUACCUGCGCGCCCUGGAGCCCGCCGACGCCCCGAUGAACUUUGGCGCCAAGCUCGCCUUCGCCAUCGGCACGGCCCGCCGCCUCGAGCACGACGAGGCGGAAAAGGUGUUCUGGUAUGUCUGUGACCAGGAGUCGAGACCCGACGGGUCGCCCAGCGAUGGAGGGAGUAGCGGCGGCGGCGGCAGCGGCGGCGGUAGUGGUGGUGUUGGUGGUGGGAAUGGCAGUGCUGGUGCUGGUGCUGCCGCAGCAAGAUCCACGGGACUCAAGAGGCAGCAGACCCGCGACAAGGUCGACGUGUACGUCCGGGAGAAAGUCAAGGUCGAAAGCGCUGAUCCGAGCUUGCUUGCCAUGUCCACAAAGCUGUCGGCACUUGCGAACACGCUUGCGCUUGCUCGGAGGAAUCUGGCUGCCGUGAUGGGCGAGGACCUUGAUGUAUAGCUAUCAGAGUUGCAGGUGGGCAAUAAUGAGUGCAACACACCUCGUUGAUGUCUCCAGCAUUAAAAAAGCAAGACUGCCACGUGCCAUUUAUAUCACAAUGACUAUUCCUCACAUC